AUGGUCAAAUGUCAACUCUGUGACACUAAUCCUGUUUGCACUAAAACUUCAGAUGGUAAAUUAAUUUGUAAACAAUGUUUUAUUGAUCGUGUUGAAAAAUUAGUCCAUCAAUGUAUUGAUGAAUUUCAAUUAAUUUAUCCCACUGACCAUAUAGUUAUUGGCGUUAGUGGUGGUAAGGAUAGUACUGCACUAGCAACAAUGUUAACUCGAAUAGAAAAACGAUGGCCAUCUGGUGCAAAGUAUACUCUAGUUGCUGUUGAUGAGGGUAUUGUUGGGUAUAGAGACAAAUCUUUAGAGUGUGUUAGAUGGCUUCAAGAAUACUUACAACUUCCUUUAGAAAUUAUUUCUUACAUAGAAACUUAUGGAAUGACAAUGGAUGAAAUUGUUACAAGAGGUGGAAAGAAUGCAUGUAGUUAUUGUGGAGUAUUAAGAAGACAAUGUCUUGAAAAGGCUGCAAUAAAAGUAGGAGCAAAUGUUAUUGCAACUGGUCAUAAUGGAGAUGAUGUUGCUGAAACUGUAUUAAUGAAUUUUUUGCGAGGAGAUGUUGCUCGUUUAGAGCGUUGUAAAAGCUUAAAAAGAGAAUUAGAAAGAGAAGAUGGGAUUAUCAGAAUUAAACCCUUUAGUCUUUUGACACAAAAAGAGGUAGUGUUAUAUGCUCAUUAUAUGAAAUUACGAUAUUUUAGUGUUGAGUGCACAUAUGCAGGAACAGCAUUUAGAGGAAAUGCUCGUACUUUCUUACAAAAAACACAAAUUUUACAUCCAUCAAUUAUCCGCAAUUGUGUUAUUAGUAAUGAACAAGCAAAAGCUGAAUUAAAAAAAGAACAAUUAAAAAAGUCACAACGAUGUACAGUCUGUGGAAUGCAAUCAAGUUCUUCUCUCUGUCAAGCAUGUAAAAUGAUGAAUGAAUUGAGAAAUGGUAUGCCAAAAAUUGAAUUAAAAUAA